AAGCUGCAACACACAAGUGAUCAUGACCGAUGCCAAGACAGCCGAUGCGGUGUAUGCACAGAUCGGGAAGCUGCGCGAGAUGGCCAAGAGUAAAAACGUCGAUAUCCCAGAGAACCCCUACGUAGCCACACACGAGAUCGCCACGGCACUUCUCGCGUCGAACGGAGACGAGCAGGUCGGAAGCUAAGUCCUUAUCACCCAAGAAGGUCAUAGCUAACGUUGUAUCGUUUGGUAGGGUGCUAUGAAAAAGGUGAUGGCAAAGUUUGGUCGAAACAAGCGAUCGCUUCCGGCCGAGUCGAAUCAGAGCAACAAGAAGACGAAGCGUGCGGGUGAAAACGGCGAGGAGAGUGACCCAGCUUCUGCGGGUUACGCGUACACCGCUGUAUCCAUGGAGGACGUUGGUGAAGAAGAGCCCAUGGCUCCGCACAAGACCAUCCGUUUGGUCGAAGAAGUUCGCGAGAAGAAGGCUGCGAAUCCUGCCAAUCAGAAGAUCGUGGACGCAUUUGCUGCGUAUGGCGAAGAGCAACUCGAAUAUGGACACACUGGCAAGGGGGUAUCGCAUCUUCGUGCUGCGCUCCACAUCCGUGAUCACCCGGACGCUAUCAAGUCUUCGAAGGAAGCACGAGCAGUCCCCAUGGUGGGCAACAAGAUCGCUGCUCAAAUCGAAGAAAUUUUGGCCACGGGGAAGGUGAAAGACACGACCGGCGAUCAAAAUGUAAGUACCGAUGUGGAACACCACCAACGUCCUGAAUUGGUGAUGGAGAUUCACAAUUCUCAAACCAAAUGUCCCGAGAACCAACCGUUGGUGCAAGAACUGACGAAGUUCGGAGAGCACGAACUCUACUUCGGUAGUUCCGGGAAGGGAACGAGUCACCUCCGUGCGGCGCGAGAGAUUCAACUGGCAGACCACGUGAUCAAGUCUGGAUCAACCGCUCGAACGAGCGUCCCGUUGGUCGGUGAUGUGAUCGCUGACAAGAUCGACCAGAUUUUGGAGUAUGGCCGUAUUGUCAAGGACACGGGGGAGACCACGGGGUCUCGAAGCUACUCGCGCGGCAGUGGUGGGGGUUAUACGCUUGCUCCGAUUGUCAAGGACUUGCGUGAAAAGCCGGCCAAAUGUCCCGAGAACCAGUCGAUCGUCGAUGCUUUGGUCGACUACGGUGACAGUCACUUGUACUCUGGCCACAGAGGCAAGGGGAUCUCGCAUUUGCGAGCAGCUCAAGGUAUUCGCGACUCUGACACGGUAGUGAAGUCGGGAAAGCAAGCCAGCAAGGCCAUCGGGAUGGUCGGUCAACGUAUUGCGGCCAAGAUCGACCAGAUCAUUCAACAGGGUCACGCUGAUAGCGACGAAGAUUAUGAGUACGAUGCAGCUGAAGAAGAAGAGGAAGAAGAGAGUGAAUACGGCAAGCGUGAACGUGACUCGGUGGUGCCUCCGAUCGUGCGAGAUGUUGUCAGCAAGCCGGCUGAAGUUGAGAAGAACCAGGUCUUGGUUGACGCUCUGGUCGAGUAUGGCGAGGAAGAGCUGUACAAGCGCCACACUGGUCGAGGAACGGCGUUCCUACGUGCUGCACGCCGUCUUCGCGAUGCUGAUAUGGCCGUGACCAAUGGGCAAGAAGCGAAGAAAUUGGGGCGCAUCGGUGACAAGGUGGCGAAUUACAUCGAGACGAUGCUGGCGAAGUAAUUUUUAAUGAGUAGCGAGCACUCAUUUUGUUAGUCACCAGCACCGAAGAGAAGAAGACCAGCGUGGCAGUUUAGGGUGGGCUGGUGACUGCGUCGUUAUGGACCUUAUAUAUUCUCAUUUUUGCCCGAAAAUCCUUCUUUAUUCGAGGCAACCGAGCCAUUCCUCGU